AGCAUUGCUGCAUUUGUGCAUCUUCAUUGAAGGAAUUCACGUUAUUCCACCCUACUGAUGUGUGUUGAAUUCUUCCUUAUGCAUCCAUUUUCCAUUGUUUGAUUCUGCUGAUUUAUUCCUCCCAAAAUUUGGUUCAGGUUCUACUUUCGUGGGGGAACUGACAUGGAACCCCAGAUAGAAGCUGAUGCUCUAAAACCAUCCCUGCCCUCCUUUAGAACAAAAGAGGACCAAUGGAAGAGUAAAUCAGUCCCAUACAAAAUGUCUGCCAGAAGUGCCCAGAUCCGACUUGUGAGCUCCCAUCCUGAGGUUUAUGAACCCUGUGAUGAUUCGUUUGCAUUGGUUGAUGCACUACUAGCUGACAGAACAAACCUGUUAGAGCAUAGGCCAAUGUUGUGUAUGGAAUUAGGUUGCGGUAGUGGUUAUGUGAUCACAUCACUAGCUAUCAUGCUUGGGCAGGAGGGUGCUGGUGUCAGUUACUUUGCAACUGAUAUGAACCCACAUGCAGUGAAAGUGACUAGUGAAACAUUGGAGGCACACGAGGUCCAUGCAGAUGUUGUAUUGACCGAUAUUGUAUCUGGGUUGGAGAGACGAUUGGGAAGUAUGGUGGACGUGAUGGUUGUGAACCCACCUUAUGUUCCAACACCAGAAGACGAAGUGGGUCGUAAUGGGAUUGCUUCUGCUUGGGCAGGUGGUGAGAAUGGGAGGAGUGUCAUUGACAGAAUCCUUCCCAUUGUGGACGCACUUUUGUCGAAAAAGGGCUGGUUGUACAUGGUCACACUAGCUGCUAAUAACCCCUCUCAAAUAUGCCAUAUAAUGAGAGAGAAAGGCUAUGCUUCCCGAAUUGUUGUUCAGAGAUCAACUGAGGAAGAGACCCUUCAUGUUAUGAAAUUCUGGCGGGAUUCUGAAAUUCAAGCAGGAACAAAGGAGCAACUAACAGAUAAUAAAACAACUCCUGCAGUGAUAAUGGAAUCUCUGCUGUCACAGUUUCCUUGCUUGGCUUUUUGGAGAAGUGGCAGCUGAGUGCAAAGGAAACGGGGUUGAGCAUCUUCACUUUGCUUCCUUCUAGGAUUGGCUUAUCUUCUGGUGGCCAGGUUGAGAUCCAUCCUCUGUUGGUGCAUAUGGUGUUCUCAUAAUGAAUUGGUUCUUGAUGGAGGUAGCCUCAAGGAUGUCCCAGAUCACCACUGUAUUCUGAAGAAGCUUCAUCAAUCUGUCUGGAUUUUCUGGUGGUGGUCAACCUCAGCAGAGUCCAUGAUUGUGGAAAGCAAUUUGAAGGACCUUAUCUGCUUUUUGAGAAGAAAAUCAUAUUGUGGUGGAACUGCUCAGUUUGCAUGGGCAAUUAUGCUUUGCUAUGUGAGUUCACACUUA